AUGCCAAUACUGAUGGUUGCGCAACAACAAAUUAACAGUUUAAACUUUUCGGACAGUGAUUUAUCGGAAGAGCCACAGCCACUUGAUUUUACCAUGUCAAAAUUUAAAUCGUCAGCACCAUCAAAGCACCCUUUGUAUCAUCAAUUCUUCGGGAGUACAAAUAACGACACAUCACUGAACCGUGACCAAAAAGACGAGAAAGGAAAAGGACUGUCAGAUAAUGAAAUGAUGGCGUGGCGACAAUUACAUUUAACUACUCAACAACAUGAGCAGAUAUUAACCAUUCCGAGAACAUCAACUUCAACACCUCAAAUGAGCUCGCAAAUCGAUAAUGGAAGCAGCCUAUUUUCAUUACGAGAUGUGAUGCUUAAGCACCAGCAACGUUUUGAGAAGCGUCGAUUAAGUGAGAAUGAUUUGGAUAGAGAUAUUAAGCAUCCAAAAUUAUCUCCCAUUGAAAACAACACAUGUACGUCAACAGCGCUUCCAUUAUCAUUAACUGGAAUUUCUUUGCUUUCUGGGAUGAGACCGCAGAUUGGAUCAACGACUGCUAAUGAAAAAACAUUCCGUGCUUUCAUGAAUCAUCGAGACAAAGCCCAAAAUCAACAGUACAUCGAUAGACUUCGUAGAAUGAAUGAAAGAUCACAUUGUAAAGAACGUGGAAGUCGUGUAAACUUUGAUCAGCAUAAUUCUGCCAAAACUGUUCGAGAAGAGCUCGCAAACCGAAAACAACAAGCCAAAAAUGGAAAAGUUUUUUGA